AUGAAAUUCUAUAUUAUUGCAUUUCUGAUAAUUGCUUCUUUUGGAGUAGAUAUCGAUAAGAAUACAUUUUCGAAUUACAGAGAAGUGAAGAUGCAGCAUUUACAUAUUGAAUGGUUAUUAAACUUAAGAACAAAGAUUAUUGACGGAUCGGCUGAAUAUACAUUUAAAGUGACAACAGCAGAACUUAAAGAAGUAUUAAAUUUUCAAGUAUGAGGUUCAUCUGGAUAUAUAUUAAAUGGAAAUUAAGUAUGCUUAUUAUCCAAACGUGGGAAAAGUUUUGGAUUGGCAUGUAGAAUCGGAUCCAAAAUAAAGUCUGGUUUAGGGAGACAAACUCAUAAUUAAAUUAGGAUAAUCAUACAAAUAUGGAGAUAUCUUUUAAUUGAGAAUUAAAUACUAAAUAGGAGAGGCAGCAAGAGCGUUGAGUUUCUUGAGCGUUGAUUAAACUGAUGAUAAAAGUAUGAGUACUAAUUUAUAAGAUAGAGGCCCCUUACUUAUUUUCUUAGUGCGAGGCCAACAAUUGCAGAUCUAUGAUACCAUUACAAGACACUCCAAGCAUUAAAUUUACUUAUUCAGCAACUGUGCUUACUUAAGAUUCUUAAAUUAAUGUAUUUAUGAGUGGACUUCCUGUUGAGAAUAACAAGUUUGCAUUGAUGGAGUAGUAUAAUAUGAAUGGAAUUGCAAAAAUAUUCCAAUUUGAAUUAAAAAUCAAAAUCCCUGCAUAUUUAAUUGCAAUAGUAGCAGGAACAGUCUAAGAAAAAGCAACAGGUUAAAGGACAUCAGUAAUAUCUGAAGCCAAAAAUAUUGAUAUUUAUCAAAAGGAAUUGGAAGACUUAGACAAGUAUGUUAAAUACUUAGAAGACUAUAUUGGUGAAUAUAAAUGGGGAUUUUAUAAAAUAGUGAUAUUACCAGCCUCAUUUCCAUUUGGUGGUAUGGAAAAUCCAUUGUUAACUUUUGCAAAUCCAUCCAUCAUUGUUGGAGAUAAGAGUGGUGUCAGUGUUGCUAUACAUGAAAUAGCUCAUUCAUGGUUUGGUAAUACUGUAACAUGUAACAAUUGGUCUAAUAUGUGGAUCAAUGAAGGAUUCUGCGUCUUCUUGGAAAGAAAAGGCUUAUUACAAUUGUUUGGAGAAAUUGAUUAUGUUUAUGUUAACUCUUAAGUUGGAACAAAAGAGAUGAAUGCUUUGAUUAAAGAAUUCAAUACUAGUACUGAUCCUGUCGUGAAAUCAUAUGCUAGUCUACAUCCAAUAACUGAGGACCACAAUGCAGAUGACAGUUUUAGUGUAAAUUAUUCACCUAAAUUAGACCAUCCCAUAUGAGAGAGGAUAUUAAUUGCUUUUCUAUUUAGAAUCUAUAAUUUCAGAAACUAAAUUUCAAUAAUUAUUAAAAGAUUGGCUUAGAUAAAACGAAUAUUAAAGUGCAGAUGAAAAUGACUUUUACAACUUUAUGAUUACCUGGAUUUAAUCUAACUUUACAAUUGAAUAAUUUUUGGCUGUGAAACAAUAAAUUGAUUCUGUCUAUACUAAAUGGGUAUAUGAGACAGGUAAGCCAUCUAAAUUAUUCUUUAGGUGCUCUUCCUGUAAAAUAGGGUUUUGGUAAUCAUGCUUCAACUUAAGCAACAGAUUUGGCAGAGGAAUGGCUUUCAUCAAGACCUGGAGAACAACCUUAGGGUUAUGAGAUCUUUGAUCAAUUCAAAUCAAACCAAAAAUAAUUAUUUUUGUCUUAUAUGCUAGAAAAAUACAUCAAUAUGAAUACUAUAACUAUGAAACAAUUGGAUUUAAGUUAUAAUCUUAGUGAGAAUAAAGACGCAGAAUUAUUAUUUAGAUGGUACACAUUAUCUAUACAAACCAAAUACGCUACAACUAACACUAAUCUUAAUUAAAUUAGAAGCUUUGUUGGCAAAAUUGGUAGAAUGAAAAUGAUCAACCCUAUUUAUAAGGCUUUAGAUAAGUAUACUAUUAUAAAAUUCUAGGAAUACUGCUCAAACUUGGUAUAAUGAAAACAAAAAUUUUUAUCAUCCUUUAGCCAGACAAUCAAUUGAAAAUAUUAUCAAAAGCAAAGGCCAAUAAAUUAAUGUUGAAUUAUUAUGAAU